CGCCUUGCAGCCUUGAAGCGGGGCGAGAAGAGAGUGAGCGCAAGUGGCUGCGCGGGCCAACUGCGGCCCUAGACCGGCGCCGUAAAGCUUGCGAGGGGAGCUCGGGGUGGGGUGGUCUGCGGGAUGCAAGCACCCUCGGCAUCGCCAGCAGCAGCAGCUGCAAAGUCGCUGCCGCAUUUUUCUUCGAGAAUGUGCCGCCAAGUUGACGAGUUCUCCCGUUUCUGCAGCAGUCGGAAGCUUUUUCGGGCACUUGUAGUCGAUUCCGUGCGUAAGUGAAGAACGGUUUCUGCAAGUUAAAGUCGAAACUGGUUGGCAUGUGACGGCGUGUUCAAACAACAGGAGUUUAUUAGGGCACCAAGACUGAUGUCCGUGUUUGCGUAGACAUCUCGCUCUUGCUGUUCCCUGGGAAGCUAUUUCUUCGUCAUUGGCCUGCUACUUUUGCCGUGUGAUUGCCGUAUGUGCUCCAACUGAAAAUAGGUGUAGUCAAAAGCCGAUCCCUAGGGACGAGUUGACUCUCUUGAGGCUCUUCCAUCCAUAUGCCGGCUGAAUUGAUCUCCAAAGACGUCGUUUCUAUGAGGAUUCGGACCCCCGGCUGAAGUUUCACUUUUCAUCAUGAUUUGUGCAUGUCAUAAUUCGACGAAGAUGACAGGAAUCUCUUGUUGCUCUUGAAAGUGCAUGGUGAAAUGUGAAGAGAACCAAAGUCAUUGGAACAGCUAACAAAUGAACAUAAUUAAUUGGAUACGCAAAAAUCCCAGGGUGGGUUGAUCUACUUCAAGAUAAUGACAAUGUCCAGCAUGACAUCGUUUGAAUUGCUAGAGAGUGGAUGGGGAUUGCAGCCGAGGUCAGCUUGUUUACCUUUCUCCCUGAGCAAGGACUGUUCUGAAUAGCAUUACAUCUUCAUGGUGGAAUAUGUAUUAAGACUGGGAUUCCAACCAUGGCCCUUAUUUGGAAAUGUGUGUGCUUGACAAUAGCGCAGUACAAUGACACAGUCGAGUGACACGUACAUCUUUCCGAAACUGCUCUGAUCUCCUUGUCAUGCUGCAAACUUCUAGCUCGAGGUGGAGUUGACUAGACUGAGAUACUGACAUGCUUAUACUCUCGUACAGUGAUAGAUUGGGAUUGCAGCCAAAGAGUUAACUCAGAUACAGCUCCGGAAUUCACCGUGCAAUAAUGAAAUAGCUAGUCCAAAUUGAGACAUCUGCGGCGGAACAAAGACAGAUCGAAAUGCAUGCGCGAGUCAAAGCCCCUCCCACUAGGCCACAUCGACCAACUGGAGGGUGUAUACAUUUGCCUUGUGUGUGUGUGUGUGUCAUGCAAUGAAGUGCAAGUAAAAGUAAACGGUCUUACAAUGUCACGGUGUUUUCGAUAUGUGAUGGUAGUCUCCGUCGGAACAGUUCAUAUUCGUUGGGUUGUGUGGUGCACGUUGAUAUUAAGCUUGUUAGAUGGGUAAAGCCUUAAAAUUGGGAAAUGUUGACCGAAGUGAGAAUGGGUGAAAACAGCUACGACCUCAUUGAAGCCAUUUUCUUUCAUGGUGGUGUAAGUGCCAAUCUAUAUGGAGGUGAUGGAAAUAUAUCGUGAAGGACGUUCAUGGUCGAGCAUGUGAUAAAUGCUGGAGGCUAUUAACUUUGGGGAUGUCACCAGAAUCCGGGGAAUGAAACAUGACAUCUCAUAUUCUUUCUAGUUGUCUGGGUGCUAGAUAUAACUCUCACUCUGAUGGAUAUGCCAAUUUUUGUGUAUGUGCAUGACGCUCACCGUGUUGCAUUAUCGUAAUGCAGAUACGUAAUCGUGAGGCUUUAAUGAAAUGAAGUGAAGUGAUAGGCAACAUAUGUACAUAACCCUCUCACUCUGUAAGAUAUGGUUAUCUUGUGGCUUUGCAUGACGAUCACCGUGUUGCAUCACAUAACGCAGUGCUUUGCAAUCUAAUCGUGAGGCUUGAAUCGAUCCGGAGUGAAAAUGAUAGU